AUGUUGAUCAUAUGGUUAAUUAAAUGCACACGAAAUGCAAAACGGAAAGGAACUUCGAAUUCCACAUCCGAAGAAGAAACAAUUCCAAUGAAAACAUUCAAUCCACAUCCGAUCAAUAUACCGUCCACUUUGUUGAUUUGUGUCGCACUCUUGGCACUAGCAAGCAAAGUAAUUACUUGCCAGCAUGGAUAUAUGCGGCAUAGUGUAGAAGUAGUCUGCGAAAAUCGCGGAAACUGCACUUAUAAUUACAACGAGGAAGUUCUAUUCAAUAGAAUCAACUCCAAUCUUUGUAUUCAGCUUAAUCAUGCUAACAAAACUAUCGGACUUAUAAAGAUACGUUCGAGACCAAUGAAACUGUCCUGCUCUAAGGUUUCAUUAUUCUUCAGUAGAGAGACGAAACUCAAGAUCUACCACACAACAAGAUGCUUGCAAAUGGGCUCUUGCACUCAGUCAAGGUGCAGUAGAAUCAAGCUGGAUGAAAUAAUUUCUGAGUUCAAAAGAUCAUCUCCAUAUCCAGGAUAUUCAAUUUGUGGUAAGACAUGCAGCGGUAUAGCAUACGGUUGCUUCCUACCAUUUCCAGCGUGCACGUUUUUGAGAACUGCCCAUGUUCCGAAGAAGACACAGACUGUCUUUGAAGUAGUAAGUUGCAUGGAAUGGCAACCAAUAAUCCAAAUUGAUGUUGAUUUCAUGCUUUAUAAUAGAGGAAAGCUGAAAUCUUUCAGUUUACAACCUUAUGUUACACAAAAGUAUGAUGAAUUAUCGUUGACAGUCAUUUCUUUGCAAAAACCUCGUUCUCCAUUGAUGGACAAAAGAUUCGCUGUAACCCCAAUGGAGGCUAUGAUGCUACCAGAUCAUUAUCAACUUCCCGUCGAAUGCGAGUCAGAAGCAUCUGCUCUCGAUGCCUUUGUGAACUGCACAAAUCGCAUGAUCUGUUCGUGCGAAAAUAUGAAAGCACCGCAAACAUGUCAGUGUCCACAUGAUUCACUCCAAAAUUUGAGGAAAGAAGUGUUAAAUGUAAUGCCCAUACGCACUCCGUUCACGGAAAUCUUCAGUGAUAGCAAAGAAAUCUAUGCGCUCUCCAAGCAAGGAGAGAUCACUCUCGCAAUAGAAUCCAAUUUGCUUAUUGGCGGCACUGAGUUCAUAAUCAAUCAACCAUGUGAGAUCUUGGUUCGUGGGGUCAAAGGGUGCUACAGCUGUAGCGAAGGCGCAAGAAUCGAUUUCCUUUGCAAGUCAUCAAUAAACUCGUGGGUUACAGUACAGUGCGAGAAUCACGUUUUCCCCAUUGAAUGCGGCCCAACAAAUACUUCCGUGCAAGUUAUUUUAGACUUCGAAUAUUCGGUAGUAUCACAAGUGUGCCACACAUCAUGUGAUGGCAAGAAUGUUAUCUUUGAUCUACAGGAAACACUCUUGUACCAUCCAAGAAGCAAGAGAAAUUUGUUCUCGCAGACAGAAGUGCAAGAGCUAGAUGCGAAGAAUUCAUUACUUAAUUUUGAUCUGCCUGAUCUGAAUCCACUAAUGAAUACCACAAAAAUGCACUGA